UGGAGGGCAGAAUUCAGCUCAAAAGCCUGGAAAUUUCCAAGAGUAAUCUCAUGAAUCUCCCUUGCUCAUUUCCUCCUAUCUUCUUUUGCCUUCUUGCCUAACUUUUCAUUAUAUCUCUUGCUGAUUUCUCUCUAUUUAUAAGAACCCUCCAUGAACGUCCUCCAUUAAUGAGACUUUAAAACAAAAAAAAAUUAGCAGAGACUUUAAACUUCAUCUUCUUCAUCAUGGUAGAGGAUAUGCCACCUGGGUUUCGUUUUUACCCAACUGAAAUUGAAUUGAUUUCCUUCUAUCUUCAUCACAAGCUUCAUACUAACUCAGAGGACUUCAGCCGGAUUAUGGACCAGGUUAUACCUGUUGUAAAUAUUUACGACUUCAAUCCUUGGGAACUUCCACAAUUUUCGCAAUACCUGUGCCACAAAGAUCCUGAACAAUGGUUCUUCUUUGUUCCGAGACAAGAGAGUGAAGCACGAGGAGGGAGACCAAACAGACUGACAACUGAAGGAUAUUGGAAAGCCACUGGGUCACCUGGUUUCGUUUACACUUCAAAUCGUGCAGUUGGAGAAAAAAGAACAAUGGUUUUCUAUAGGGGAAGAGCUCCAAAUGGAAGGAAAACUCAGUGGAAAAUGAAUGAAUACAAAGCCAUUGAACGAGAAGCAUCAACAUCGGCAGGGCAAGAUUUCAGUUUGUGCCGGGUGUACAAGAAAUCGAAAUGCUUGCGGGCCUUUGACCGGCGUCCACCUCCACCACUUCCACCGCUUCAACUGGGAGCAGUAAUAGGCCAGUCAAGGGCUCAGCAAGUUGAAGAUCAUCUUGGUGAUGAGGCGACAAACUCUCAUCAUCAGCCUAGUUCUCAAGUAUGUAUGGUAGAGAGAACAAACUCAGUAUAUAGUUCAUCCGCAGUAGACUAUGGCCACACCUCUCAAAAUGAUGAAAGUAACAACAUGGCAGUGGGCUCUGGUUGUGAUCAACUUUUGUGGGAUUUGGAUCAACUGGAUUUGUUCUGCGGCAUGCGAUAGAAGAAAUUAACUGAGUUGCUAGUACAUCAAGGAACAAAAUUUAAUAAGAACAAACUUACCAUGUGCAUGUAUUUUAUGGAAAGCCAAAAUGUGUUUUUCGAGAUUUCUGGUAGAAGUCUUAUUGGUUGUAUAAUAAUUAAUUAUGACAUUGAAUAACAUACCAAUGAGAGAAAAUUACAAGA